AUGAAUUAUUCAUACGCAAAUUUUUAAAACUCCUUAAAUAAAGCAAAAAACCCAUCUAAACAAGAUAAAACGUUUUUAAGGAAAAUCCCAAUACCAAUCCAGGAAAAAAUUAAAACAAUCCACUAAGUUUUUAAACAAGAUCUACAUCACAUUAGUACAAUAUAAGAACGUAUAUAAUUUAAUCCCGACAAGGGAUUGGAGCAUCAAAUCACAAACUAUUCCUCAAAGUUCCGAAAUGAACAAAAACUAAUAUAAAAAAUAGGAAAUUAAAAGAUAAAGAGACAGUUAUAAAAAUAUUUUUAGAAUUUAGACUUUUUUUAAAAUACAAUUUAGUUAGUUAAGCAGCUAUUUUUUUUUAAAUCAUCAUCUCUUAGUAUAAAAUAAAAGAUAAAAAGUAUAAAAACAUUAAAAAGAAAAAAGAAAAAAGAAAAAAGAUUAAAAAGAAUUAAAAAUAAGUAAUUAAUAGUGAUUUAGAUAUUUACAAUAAAAAGAAAAAGAAAAAAGAUCAGUUAAAAAAAUUAAUUAAAAAAAAAGAAUCAAUUAAAAUAAAUUAAGGAAUAAUUAAAAAAUCAGUUAAAAAGAAAAAAUAAAUUAAGAAAAAACUCAGAAAAAUUAAGAAUAAUUAAAAAUAAUUAAAAAUAAAUAAAUACACACAAAAUAAACCAAGAAAUUAAUUAAAAGAAAAUAAUUAAAUAGGAAGCACGCAUCAAAUUUUGA